CAAUCUGAACUUACAGAAACUAUAUGGUCCUUGCACAGAUAGUACUCGGGCCCUUAAAAUCAAGUGCAGCUUCAGCGAGGAGAGGUAGACAUGGAUAACGAAUGAUGGCAAGACGUUUUUAUUAUGGAACGGCUGGCUUUUGAUGUGUCCAUGUUUUGGUGCAGGUGAUUAUAGCAUCACUGGGGCUAUCAAAGGUGUGUGUUGUUUCUGUGCGUCAAAAGUUCUAUCUGCCAGUUGUGCAAUAUUUAGGGUUAGAUUCCAUUUGAUAUUAGAUAACUAACUAUAAUUGGGCAUUGAUAAAGUUGUCUUCCUACAACGGAGAGGUGGAGGUUGGUUUAAAAUUUAAAAUGCCACUUACAUUGUAGCCUUAAAUUUAAAUAGAAAAUAUGUUAGUAUAUGCCAAUGUCAGCUUAAAAAAAGAGUGUAUCUUUCCAAAACUGUUGCAACAAAAAUGAAAGUGUAACCUUCCUGGAGUUAGGAUUUAUUACAGGACUGCUUUGUUACUGUUUUAGUUUUAGCUAGAUUCACCCAAUGAACUUGUGACUGGGUAUAGUCCACUCCUCACUGUCAAUCAUUACACUACUGAAGAGUUUAAUGACACUAUUGACAAUCAAGACUGACAGGGAUGACAAAAUGAGUAACCAAGGUGAUGUUUAAAUGAAAAGUUCACCCAAAAAUGAAGAUUCAGUCCUUAUUUACUCACCUGAUGGAAAGCUAGGUGACAGUUUCUAGCCCACAAAACAUUUCUGGAGCUUCACAGUGAAUCAUUGCAGCAUUCUCCUGAACAACUGCGACAGUUGAGGACUUGUCUUUAAAUGUAAAAAAAAUAUAAAAAUGGCUCCAUAGCACUCAUCUGGCUUUAUUCACGUCUCAAGAAGGCCUGAGAUCCUAAAUAGAUUAGAAAAGAGACUGUUCACACCGUUGUUAAAGCUGAAUUCUUCACAUAAACUAAGCUCGGGGUGUUAGUGUGCACUCCGUCUGUAGCGGGUGCACAAACUCAGUUGUGCCUUCAAGAUGUAAAUGUCUUUUUAAAUCACUUGGGUUCUCACGGCUUCUGGAGACUUUGUUGUUUGUAAUCCUCUAUAUAGUGUAUAUACAGUUCUCAUAAGUCAAAUUAUAACAAAUAAAAAAUUUAGGGUCUAUUUUAUUCCCCUCAGCACAAUGCAUGAUUGUAUGCAAUGUCUGGCCAGUGACCCAUCAGUUGAGCACUACUUUUCACAGUGCAUUGUGGGAUAUUUUGACAAUAUAAGGUAUAAUAGAUCUCACUAUACAUUUGAACAGCACUACAAAACUGUAUAUACAAUUCAUGAUUUUGUAGUAUGAUGUAAAGAUAGCAAAUAUUUGUAUUCUCUUCCACUCACUGUGUGAGCCUGCCAGCUUCGACCUCACUCCGUCCUCAUCAAAAUGGCCGUCGGUGUGGGGCCUUUUCUCCCUCAGCGGUUGUUUGUGGUUGCUAGGCAACUUCAAAACGCUGUGGCAGGAGCAGCUGAAUGACAGAGGACCUGUAAGGACACCUGAUGAGGACGAUCGCCAACUUGUCGGGGAGUGUGUCCGCCUCCUGAGCUUGAUUUUUUAAAAAUCUGAGUAUUUUCUGUCUUCUUGUUUGAUUUCUUCUUUCUCAGCUUUUCUCUGAAGACUUGAACCAGGAUGUGAGCUGUUAGUUAGCCAGCCGGCAGAGCUGAUGAGGAUCCUGCUGCUGCUGCUCAGCUCUGUAGACAUGCAUUUAUAAAUCUAAGUGGGAUCAUUUUUUAUUGACUUUUGUGUGUCAUCCAAAUUCUGCGGGGUGAAACCUGAGUCAUGGGCUCCGAGGCUGUGAAGGUGGUGGUCAGGUGCAGGCCCCUGAACGACAGGGAGAAGGCUCUCAGCUCUAAGAUGGUGCUGUCCAUGGACCUGCAGCGCUGCCAGUGCUUCAUAGAGAAGCCCGGAGCAGCAGAUGAGCCGCCCAAACAGUUCACCUUCGAUGGGACCUACUUCAUCGAUCAGACCACCGAGCAGAUGUACAAUGAGAUUGCCUAUCCGCUGGUGGAGGGUGUCACUGAGGGAUACAACGGCACGAUUUUUGCAUAUGGACAAACUGGGAGUGGGAAGUCUUUCACCAUGCAGGGAGUGCCCGAGCCUGCAGCCCAGCGGGGAGUCAUCCCACGAGCCUUUGAGCACGUCUUUGAGAGCAUUCAGUGUGCAGAAAAUACAAAAUUCCUGGUGAGGGCGUCCUACUUGGAGAUUUACAAUGAAGAAAUCCGAGACCUUUUGGGCAGCGACACCAAGCAGAGAUUGGAGCUGAAAGAGCAUCCGGAGCGAGGGGUGUAUGUGCGGGACCUCUCCAUGCACACGGUGCACAGCGUCGGCGAGUGUGAGAGGAUCAUAGAGCAGGGCUGGAGGAACCGGGCAGUGGGCUACACGCUGAUGAACAAAGACUCCUCCCGCUCACACUCCAUCUUCACCAUCCACCUGGAGAUCUGCAGCACAGAUGCAGCUGGUCAGGAUCACCUACGAGCGGGUAAACUCAACCUCGUCGACCUGGCAGGAAGUGAGCGUCAGUCCAAAACCGGCGCUACCGGGGAGCGACUCCGUGAGGCCACGAAGAUCAACCUCUCCCUGUCGGCCCUGGGAAACGUCAUCUCCGCUCUGGUGGACGGACGCUCCAAGUACAUCCCCUACCGGGACUCCAAGCUCACCAGGCUGCUGCAGGACUCUCUGGGAGGAAACACGCGCACCUUGAUGAUCGCCUGUCUCUCCCCUGCUGACAACAACUAUGAGGAAACCCUGAGCACUCUGCGCUACGCCAACCGGGCCAAGAGCAUCCAGAACAGGCCCCGCAUCAACGAGGACCCCAAGGAUGCUCUGCUCCGAGAGUAUCAGGAGGAGAUCAAAAACCUGAAGGCCCUCAUCUCAGGCCAGCUCGGAUCUGCUGACAUAGCCUCUCUGCUGGCUGCUCAGUCGUUUGAAGAUCCCCCUGCAGCUCCUUCAAGGCCACAGUCCAGCACCACAGAAGCAGAGAAGGAGAAGAUUAAAGAGGAGUACGAAGAGAGGCUUUCCAAGUUGCAAGCUGAGUACAAUGCGGAGCAGGAGUCCAAGGCAAAGCUGCAGGAGGACAUCGCUGCCCUGCGAUCCUCCUAUGAAUCCAAGCUGUCCAAUCUGGAGAAGGCUCGCUCCAGCAGGGGGAGCUCUGUCCUAAAGAAUGGCAGCAGAAAACCAUCUGUACAAAACAAAGAGCCAUCUCCGGUGAGCUCCAGCUGCAUGAAACAGGUCGCUGAAGAAGAGCUCCACCACAACACUGAUCCCAGGUGCCUCAGUGGAGACGCUUCCCUGACUGAGCCUGCAGUAACUGGUGCAGCAGCCGGUGUCCAAGAAGACCCAGACCGAGGCGGGCCCGUAGACUCAUCUGAUCUCAACUCUGCUGGGUCUCUGGACCAGCAACAUGUCUUGGAAAGACUGCAGCAGCUGGAGCAGGAGGUGGUGGGAGGAGAGCAGGCCAGGAACAAAGAGUUACAGCAGAGGCACUGGCAGAGGAAGAACCUCGCCGACCAGAGGAAAGUCCAACUCAUCCGCGCCCUGUCAGAGAACGGCGAGGACAGCGAGAAUGUGCUGCUGAACGUCUACAACUCCAUCCAGGAGGAGGUCCACGCCAAAAACCAAGUACUGGUCAAAGUCCAGGGAAAGCUGAAAGCAGCCCGACUGGAGAUCCGUGACCUGCAGGCGGAGUUCGAGGUGGAGAGGAACGACUACCUGGCCACGAUCCGGCGGCUGGAGAGGGAGGGUCAGCUACUGAACAGCCUGCUGGAGCGCAUGGUGCCCCUGGUGCGCCGCGACUGCAACUACAGCAACCUGGACCGCCUGAAGAAAGAGGCCGUGUGGGACGAGGACAGCGCCACCUGGAGGCUGCCCGACGUGAUGGUGCAGAAAACGACACUGCCAUCAGUGGCUCCAAAACUUUCAGCUCGCAGAGGUUCCACGACUGACGCUGGCGAACCGCCCAUGCAGGUGGAGGAGGACAGGUACAAGGAAAUGCUGGACCGCAGCGACAGUGAGAACAUCGCCAACACCUACUUCAAGUCUAAGAGGGCGAGCCAGCUGCUGGGACGUGACGCCACCACGGGACACAACGUCCACUCUCCUCCCCUGGUCAACGGGCCGGCUCACCUCACAGUGAGCGCCUCCGCCAUGAACCCACCCGUCAGCUCGCGACCCUUCCGCCUGGAGUCGUUGGACGUCCCGGUGUCCAACGGUAAGGUGAAGCGCAGAAAGAGCAAAUCUCACAGCCACACUGAGGGGAUUUAGAAAAAAAGACUGUGAAUCACUGACAUACGGUUUUUCAUUUACUUGUUGUGUGCGCUGUGAUCCAUCACAUACAGUGUAAAUUAAACCAUGAAAUACGAUUUUUUUGAUAACCACUGCUGACCAGAAAUGUACAGUUGAAACUUGAACGCUUGCUCUGAAAAAAUAAUGCUACCUACAGUAUGAUACUACCCUCGAAUUCCUGCACUAAACCUAAAAACAUGUGAUUCGUGCACUGAGACUCUAAUAUUUAACCUCUCAUGUGUUUUAAUGCUGCUGCUUGUAAUCCUGAACUUUAACCUGUUCCUCAUCUAUCAUGUAAAACUCUCUCUGUUGUUUCUGAAUAUAUCCAAUAAAAUAAUAAAUACACUUCA